AACAGCGCGAGGGAGCAGUGCGCGCACGGACCUGAGUUUUGGUGAGUCCUGCGGUUUUAAAAAAGCUUCACCUGGACAAAAAACUAACUCUACGAACUCUACAAACUGUACGCGUCCUCCACUGCGAUCUGCAACCGCCAGUUCACUUUCAGUUUCGUGUUUUUUCGCAGAAUGUGUGGAUAAUCGGCGGUGACUCGGUGCGUCUGGACUAACGCUCGGUUUCCUUCCGCGCCUCUCAACUUUUUCUGUUUAUUCUUGCAAAAAAAAAAACCCAAAGACAAUGGACCAAACGGAGCUGGACACGUCGGACCGGUACGUGUUCGACGCCCCGAGCGAAGUGGUGGACCUGGCCGAGUUACACAACGCUCCGCCCGACGACACCUGGUUCGAGAAACGUGAGAGUGGAAGUUUGAACUCGUCUCUGAUGGUCGACGCCGUCACUGAAACUCCACAGAGAAACACUCAAGAGCCCCAAGAUGCUGUUCCAGACGCCGCUCCUCCUCCUCCUCCUCCUUCUUCAAACAUCGUGACAACGUGGGGAGACUCCAAACCCUCCACCUCCAGGAACCAGCCGCUCAGAGUUUCCAAACGGAAGAUGGAGACGAGCGGUCCGCCCACGAAGAAGCAGAGGAAGAGUCCAGUCGCUCAGCCGCUCAGGAAGUCCAGUCGCAUCACGAAGAGCAAAAGUCUGAGGGCGACUCGGAGCGUCUCCAGUCUGCAGACGACCUCCAGCCUGAACACGGCCUCCACCGAGAAGUCGUCUGAGGAGCUGGAGCUGGAGAGGAUGAAGAAGCUGCAGGAGGAGGUGGCUCUGCACCGGAAGAACAACGAGGCCAGCUACAAAGCGGCUUUAGCUGGAGAUCCACCGGCGAAGAAGACGACCUUCGCCGGCACCGUGCCCAGAGAGUUCAACUUCAAGACGGACGCGCGGAUCAAACCCUCCACUUCGACAAACGCCACCAAAGACGUGAACUUCGUCGCUCAGCUGCGCAAACCCUCCUCCCCCGCCAAAGGUGUGAAAGGUGCGACGGUGCCGAAGCCCUUUAACCUGUCGAGCAGCAGGAGGAGGAAGAGGGGGGAGGAGCCGGCGCCUUACGUGCCCAUGGCCCAGCAGAUCCAGCAGUACGAGAAGAGAACCCCAGACCGUUUCCACCAGCCCAGCCGACAGACGCAGGAGCGGGGUCCGUCUCCCGUGAAGAGUCAGCACAAACCCACAGUGAAGGAGCCCACCAUCCCAGAAGGUUUCCACCUGCAGAUCGAGAAGAGGCUCCAGGAGCGACAGGCCAAGAAGCCCCCGGUGGUGGAAGAGGAGGAGCCGCCACACGUCUUCAAGUCCCACCCGGUGCCCAAGAAGAUCCUGGAGGGAGUCGUGGGCGUCCCGGAGAAGAAGCUGCCCACUCUGACGCUCCCAGAGUCUCCGGCCUUCGCCCUGAAGAAGAGGGUGCGCGUGGAGCCGCCUCCUGUCCAGGUGAAGCCCCCGUCUCCCAUCAAAGCUCCGCCUGUGCCGCACUUCGGUUUGCCCUUCCAGCCCAAACUGCCCGAGCAUCACCAGGUGGAGGUGUGUCCCUUCUCCUUCGACAAGAGGGAGCAGGAGAGGAGAGCGCUGAAGGAGAAGAGGCUCGAGCAGCUCAGGAACGAGGACGUUCCAAAGUUCAAGGCUCAGCCUCUGCCCGACUUCAGCACAGUGGUGCUUCCAGAGAAGAAGAAACCAGAGCCCACCAAACCAGAGCCUUUUCACCUGCUCCUCAACGAGAGAGGAGCCCAGAAGAGCAGCCGCUGGGAGACCAUGGUCCAAGAGGAGAAGAAGCAGCAGGAGGAGGCCACACACUUCAAAGCCCGACCCAACGUGGUCACGCACAAGGAACCGUUCAAACCCAAGAAGGAAGAGCGCGCAGACACAUCCCUGAGCGCGGCCGCGGGCUUCCAGCUGCUGACCGAGCGCCGCGCCCGUGAGCGGCAGGAGUUCGACCGACUGGUGAGCGAGAAGGAGGCUCUGCGGGCGAUGAUGGAGGAGCAGCAGCGCAGAGAAGCAGAGGAGCGAGAGAAGGAGGAGAUCGCCCGUCUGCGGCAGGAGCAGGUUCACAAGGCUCAGCCCGUCAAACACUAUCGCUGUGUGAAAGUGAAGAAGAGCGACAUGCCGCUCACCAUGCCACAGUCGCCCAACUUCUCCGACCGAUUCCGCAUGUGACUUUUUUUUUCCUUCUAUUUUUGUCCCCCUUUUUAAAUAUUUCUAUUGUAUUUUACCAGUUUUUACCUUUUUUAAUGUUUUUUGAAUAAAUCCUGUGAGUGUGGA